UCUUCUCCACAGAGCAGCAACAAAGAUGAUGUCUAAGGAUUCUGAGGUUGAAGUUUUUUUCAAAGAAAAUGGCCUUGUAGGCGUUUGGGUUCGAGCAGUGUUAACGGAGAAUCCUAACAAGUUCGGACGGAAGAAUCUCCGUGUCCGCUACAAGACUCUGCUAAGCGGGGACGGCGUCUCUCCUCGUACAGAACUCGUUGAGAAGAGAUUCAUCAGGUCAGUGCCGCCGGAGGAUGUGCAGAACGGCGUCGUUUUGGAGGAGGGAACAGUUGUUGAUGCGGACAAGAGAGAUGGGUACUGGACGGGUUUCAUCUUGAAGAAGAAAGAAGAGAGUGAGAAGUGUAACGACCCAUUUCCCAGCCCGGUAAAUUUGGCCCAGCGAGACCCAGGCCCAUCGCAGGAAACCCUAGAGUGUGAGCCGUCGAGCAGAUCUGAGUCCGUACAGCCAGUGUCACCGUCGACCGAGAACGGAACCGCCGACCAGUCGCCAUCAACCACCGAAGACCACCAGUGUGUUCCCCGUCGAGACGAGUCCGGAGCUAGAAGAUCAGCCGCAGACCACCGCGCACGCGCCUCCACGCGCCUCCACGCGCCGCCGCUCCACCACGCGUGCAUCUCACGCGCCGCCGCCUGUCACCGCCGUUCGCCGGAGUCUUCGUCGCCGGUGACUGCUCCGAUUUGGAGUCUAUUUGAGCAGUUGGAGUUCAUAGCUACUACUUUUCCCAUUUCUAAGGUGAGACAGACGAGUAGGAGACUGAUCGGACAGCUGGUGUUUCUAGGCGUUUUCAUUGUCUUUAUUCUCAGACUUAUAUUUUAUUAUUAUUCUAUUAUUUUCGGCGAUUAUUUCAGUAUUUGA